CUUGCUUAGUUGUAAAAUCAUUCAUUUCCAAAGUGUAAUGCCAUGCAGCUGACGUCAACGAGAUAUGCGAUUAUUUGAAAGGAUUGCAUAUGCCCUGACCUACAGCUUUUUGUAUGAAAAUGAUCGUCGAAAAUUUGGACGCGUUGAAAGUCUGGCUCACGAAAACGUUGACUCCAAUAUGUGAUGCUGACCCUGAUCCCCUCGCAAAAUAUGUGGUUGCUCUCCUCAAAAAAGACAAAACAGAAAAGGAGCUUGAAGCAGUUUUCUUAGAUCAGUUGGAUGUUUUUCUUCAAAGCAAAACAAAAGAUUUUGUUGCAUCCUUUUUCCAAGUGUUAAGAGAUAAAUCCUACAUUCCACCACCACCACCACCAGCACCAGCAGCACCAUCACCAUCCAGUGUACCUGUUAAAACAGAAGCAGUCCCAGACAGUACAACACAAGCCAGUGCUAACUUACUCAAACCCUCAGAGGCCAAGGCAGAGGGGAAAAAGGAGACAACACAGAGUGAAGAUAAAGUUGUGAAAGACAAUAAAGAUAAAGAUGUUAAGACACGACGUACCAGGACUUCAAGUCAGGAGAGACGUGAACAGGAAGAGAGGCAGAGAAGAAGAGACAGGUUUGGGCCAGUGGAUCAUACCAUGCCUAGAGUGGUCAGAGGGCAAGAUCGUGUAGACCGACCUGACAGACCUGAUCGUCCUGAUAGAGGUCCAGACAGGGGUCCAGACAGGGGUCCAGACAGAGGUCCAGGUGAUAGGCGAUACUACAGAAGAAGGUCAAGAUCACGCAGUCCUAGGAGAUACUCAAGGAGUCCUCUUAGAUCAAGAAGUCCAUACAGAAGACGCCCACGCUCAAGGUCAAGAUCUCCAUAUAGAGCAAGGUCAUGGACACCACUGUCCAGAUCAAGAUCUAGGUCAUGGACUCCACGCUCAAGAUCUAGAUCUAGAUCAAGAUCUAGGUCAAGGUCAAGAUCAAGGUCAAGAGGAAGGAGACCCCAACUUGACAGCCGUGGUUCUACACCAACACUAGACAAUGGGAGAUAUAGCCACAGUAUUCCCGCUGUAGGUGGUGGUGUCUACUCCAUGGCUCAUGGGGACCGCUGCCUCACCACUGACAGUGCAGGACGUGAUAUACGCCCCAGGUGUAAAGACUAUGAUGAGAAAGGUUUCUGUAUGCGGGGAGAUCUAUGUCCUUAUGAUCAUGGAUUGGACCCUGUUAUAGUUGAGGAUGUCCCUAUUCCAACUGUUGGUAUACCGUACCCACCCCCAGGACCACCGCCUGUUAGUAACAGCACUAACCUCCCUCCAGGAUCUGGCCCAAUGGUUUCUGGCCCCCGAUUUAUGCCACCCACACAUGGUCCCCCACCUGGCAUGCCAAGAGUAGGAAUGGGGCCAGGACCACGACCUCCUCCACCAAGGCUAGACAAUUUUGAAGUUUACAAUCCUGAAGCUCCAGGAAUCACAAGACCUCAAGGUCCUAGGCCUGGUCCUUUCUGGAAUGGCCCUCGAGGACCCCCACCAGGGAUUGGAAGGGGAGGACCACCACCACCUCACUUUCUCUCUGGUCCUCCCCCACCACUACCCUCUAAUCCAGGCAGACGAGAUCACCUAGUCAGUAUACCCACCCUUCCUGAGGCAGAGGAAGUUAAAGAAGAAGAGGAAGCUUCCUUAGCUCCCCCUGGUACAGAGCCUGUAGGAAAGCCUGCUGUUGUAGAAAAGCCCCCAGAAAGGACAGUCAUUGCUCCAAAGAGAGCUUACAACUCUAGUCAUGGACCAGGUCAGAACCAAUCUGAUCAGUAUGGGGGUCAAAAUCGCUAUGCAGCCAACCGUUACGGCCCUCCUCAGGCCAAGAAACCAUUUGACUACAGUCGUGUAGGAGGCUACCGACGUCCUGACAUUGAUACAUCCAAUACUACCCUCCAAGUCACCAAAGUGCCGAAAGAUUGCUGUAAUAUUUCUAAAGUCAACGAACACUUCUCUAAGUUUGGCAAUAUUACAAACAUAAAGAUUGGAUACAACGAGCAGGACACGAUCCUCGUCUCCUAUUCCAGCAAUGCUGAAGCUCUGGCUGCCUACCGCUGUAGUGAUCCUGUCUUUAAUAAUAGAUUCAUAAAGCUCUUCUGGCACAAACCAGACAAGGAGCUGGCACAAAACCAGCCAGAUUCCUCAGAAAAUUCUGGGCACAAGGCCAAUUCUGGUGACAUGCGGAAUGUUCAGCAUGCCUCUGCUAAGUCAAGACUAGGAUCCAUCAUUCCUCCAGCCAGUAAACUCUCACUUAACAAUCUAAAGAAACCGCCUACUACUCCGGCAGUGGAAGUUCCUGCAAGUGAAGCAAGCGAGUUUGCAGAUACUCCUGACCCUAAGAGAGAAAAGACCAUUGUAUACACAUCCUCUGUGGGUAACAUUACAAAAACUGUGUAUAACCCAGAAGCUAUCAAAGCUAAGAAAGCUCUUGCAAGUCCCACCGCAGUGCAGACAGCAAGCUUUGUCUUCAAGAUCGAGGCUAUUAAACGCCAGGACGCUUUGAAAAAGGAAGCAAUGAAAAAGAAAAUAGAGAUUCAAAAGCAGAAGCAUGAAUUACUCCAGAAACAGCUAGAACAACAGAAGGUGUUGAUACAAAAGUUGGAAAAAAACAAAAACAUGAGUGCUGAGGACAAGGAAGCAAUCAUGAAGACUUUAAAGAUACUUGAGAGCAGUAUUGUUAAAUUGAAAGUAGAACUUGUUCCAAAGAAACCUGUGGUGGAUCCAGCAACACUGAAGUCAUCAGAACUGGCGCGGAAGGAGAUCCUGGACACAGAGUUGGAGUUGUUUACAAAACAGAGUACUGGAGAGGAUACAUCCAACUUAAAACAGAAGCUCAGUGAACUUACUAAACAGGCAUCAGCUAUGGGUCUCCUGGGUAGAGGCCGUGGUCGUGGUGUUUCCCGUGGACGAGGAUCUACUACCUGGGUAGCUGGUGGUCUGAGGGGUCGUGGACGUGCCAACAGGGGAAGGGGCAGGGGAACAGGUUUCCCUCCUGGUGGGAACAGGACCUUGGACAAGAGACCUAAGAUGGUGGAGGUGUCUGGAUUUGAGAUGGAGGAAAGAGAUGGCAUCCUUCCUCACUUUUCACAAUUUGGAACAGUUGAAAAGGUUGAUUUUGAUGAAGAUUCUCAGUCUGCAAUUGUUGCCUUUCAAACAAGAAUGGAUGCAGAAAUGGCUGUAUUACGUGGUUCCAAGUUCAACAACACUGUCCUUGCAAUGAAGUGGUAUAUAGAGCCCAAGGUUACGUUGAACCUCAACAUCAGCAGCGAUGACAGUUUUGGAGGAGAGGACCCUGCAGAAGAGGUUUCUUUAGCUGAUGAAGAAAUAGAUGAAGAUGCGCUACUUGCAGGAGAUGAUGAUGAGGAAGAUGAUGAGGAAAGUCGUUCAUGGAGGCGAUAACAGGAAGUGAUUUCCUGUUCUGGAGGGGAUGUAGUAAAGUAGUUGUUUUACUGUAGACAUUCUAAAAUGUCCCUGAUUUAUAUAUAAUUUCAUAUUGCAUUUUAUGAACGAAUGUAUGACAUUCAGAGAAUUUUGACUCUGUGAUUGAAUGAGAGGGAGAUUCAACUGUAGUCAGUAAACACAUGUUCUGGAUUGUUGAGAUGGUUUGUACAAAUGCUUUAAUGAUGAUGUAGCCCUGAUUGAUCUGUAAAAAAUUCUCCCUGUAAGAAAGCUGCUCGACAUCAUGUUUUUAAUUGGUGCAAUAAGAUUUGUAUCCUUGCCCAGAAGUGAUAUUUUAAACUUUCUAAAUGGAUGUAAUCAAUCUACAGCUGGCUCUCACAUUGCAAUUCUGGAGAUAAGUGGUGCAUUAUCAAUAUUAAAAGCAUAUCUGUGUAAAUAAUUAAUGAACAGAGGUGAGAGGAGAAUUAAGGUGAAAACUUUCCUAUGAUAGAUGUAAUGAGGAUGAUGUGAAAUAUUUAGGUGGAAUGUUUCACAAUGUUCAGCUGUUUGUGACUGCGAGUUGUAUGGAGUUACUUGUGAAAUCCUGAAAUGGAGUGUUCAGGAUGUAUAUAUAGCAGUUGAAAAAAAAUGUCAUUACAUUAGUCGUUGGCUACUAAUCAAACUUGAUGUUCAAAUAAAGAGGCUUUAUGUUUGUAUCUGUUAUUUCAAACAAUUUUUAAUUUUGUUUCAUGACAUUGAUCUUUGUUAAAUUUUUAACCUCUGUGUUUUACAAACCGGUGUGUUUUGCAUAUCAAGUACUUUAUCAGAAGAAAGUUAUAGUGUAAAAGAUUUAAACUGUUCAUGUGUGAGUUCACACACUGAAAAAGGGAUUCUUUCAUGUCAGAAAUAAGAUACACAACUUUGAAACAAUUACUAUGAUCUCUAGCAUUGUAAUGAUAUAUCCUGUGUGUUUUGAUUGGUCCUGCAUUUGGUGCUGUCAUUAUCAGAAUACAACUACCACAUUUUUGGCUGUGUUCAGCAGUGAUGGAAAGUAGCUGUAUUUUAGCAGAAUUGCUUUCAACAGAAUUCCUUUCUGAUUUACUGUACAUAUUUCAGUUAGAAAAAGAAGUAACUGUUCAAGUAAGCAAUUUCAUUUAAAAUUGCUUUUUAUAUCCCAUAUAAGGGUGGAACUAUAUUACAGUGCAGAGUAGUUAUUUUUGCAUCUUCAGGUACGCUGUGUAACAUCAAAGUCAGGUAAACAACUAUUGAAUAGGCCUGAUAAACUAUUUGGAUAGUCUAAAUUUUUAGAUAAGAUAGAAUUCAUGAUCAAUGUCGUAAAACAAAAGUUGCAUUUUGGCUUGGGACAGGAAGACGAGAGUGGCUCACCAAUUUAAUCUUUCUUUACCCAUGCCAAAAUAUGUUUUAAGUCACUGACAAUGUACUUCAAUAUUUACUAUUCUGAAAUGAUUUCACAUUCCACUUUUAUUUGCAUUAAAAUUCUUUUGUGAUUCUAAAAAAAUGGAAGGUAUUUCACUGAAACAGUCUGUCUCACAGAAUUAUCUGCCCUUUGUUGAUAUUGUAACAAAGCAUUUAUACAUACAGCAUUGAGAUUAUGGUUCAUGAUAAUCUCAUUAUUAUCAUGAUCAGAGAGGUAGAUUAACUUAAGUAAAGAAAAGUGUUUUGUAUGAUGGUGAGCUCAGCACCACCUAUAACUUCUCCAUCAAACACCUCCUAUAUCAUCUGGAGUGGUUCUAGUAGAACAUAGUAGUAAUUGAUGAAAAUGUUGUGGAGAAUAUCAUGUAUUUAUCUGUAACAUUGAAGUCAUUAAUAACACCAGUACUUAGGUCAUUUAUGUAGUCAUUAAAGAAUGAAGCCCAAAUUUCCAAUUUAAUGAUGGAAUGGCAAUUUCAAUUAAUGUGCAUUUACUUUAUUUUGUCUUGAAAAAGAAGUCAAGUUGAAUGUAUUAACAAACACACCUGUUUUGUAAAUAAUGUCACUAUAGAGAGUGUAGGAGCAAUCAUUUUCAAAUUUUAGCUAACUGCAUAUGAGCAUACCAAGUAAUUAUUGCAAGUUAAGCCAUUGCAAGUAAUUAAAAGAAAGUUUUUUUUUAAUUUCUUUUUUCAAUCAUUGAAUUUUCAAAUGUGUACUUUAUCAGAAAUAACAAAGAAGGUGAACAUACCAUUGAAUGUAGUGUUAUGGCAGUUAUGAAGGUGUAAUCGUAGAACAUUCAACAGGACUAACAAUAUUUAUACAGAAUUCAUGUUGUUCUUGAUGUUUAUUGAAACAAAACAGAAAAAAAAUCAUAUGCAAGACAGAAAAAAAAAAUAGGUGCAAAAAAAAAAGCCACGAUAAAAAAGAAAUGAAACAAGUCUUGCUUCAAUAAAUUGCAUGCUUAGAUGAUGAUUUGUUGAACAUGAAAGAGAAAAAAAUGUUGAGUGAAAAAAAAAAAUAAAAUAAACAAUGAAA